CUGAAAGUCCCUCCUCUCGCAGGAAGAAACCAAACUUCCUGCUCCGCUGCUCCUAAAACACUCAACGGCAAACAUGGCGACCCUCCUCCGCAGACUGGCGGGUCUCCGGUGCUCGCCGAGGCCGUGGACGGGAGUGAUUCUGCGGGAAGCGCACGGCCGAACGUCCGCUCUCACCCCCCGGGCCGCGUGGCCGCCGCUGGCCGGCGACGGCCGCCCUCUGACGGCGGGCCGCCGCGCACUCUGCCGCGGGCAGCACACCGAGGCGGAGCCGGUGCAGGUGGAUGUGAAGCGGUUAGAGGGGGACGACGAUGGCAUCGUGGAGGUGUUGUUGUGCCGACACAAGGCGAGAAACGCUCUGGGCUACGUGUUCGUGUCGCAGCUGAGGAACCUGGUGUCCGCUCUGUCCAACGACUCGGUCGCUAAAGUGGUCGUCUUCCGGAGUUUGGUGCCGGGUGUUUUCUGUGCAGGUGCCGACCUGAAAGAGAGGGCCGGGAUGAACCCCGCCGAGUCCGACCUGUUUGUUCACGGCCUGCGAACCCUCAUGACGGAGAUAGCAUCGUUGCCCAUGCCGACCAUCGCGGCGAUGGACGGCGCCGCCCUGGGAGGCGGGCUGGAGUUGGCCAUGGCCUGUGACCUCCGCACCGCCGCGUACACUGCACAGAUGGGUCUGAUUGAGACGACGCGGGGGCUGCUCCCGGGGGCGGGGGGCAGUCAGCGGCUGCCGCGCGCCGUCGGCCUCGCUCUGGCCAAAGAGCUCAUCUUCACAGGUAAGCGGUUGGGAGGACAGGCGGCUCUGGAGAUCGGGCUUGUGAACAGAGCGGUGGAACAGAACCAGAGCGGAGACGCUGCACACGGAGAGGCGCUCAGCCUGGCCAGAGAGAUACUGCCCCAGGCUCCCGUGGCGGUGCGGCUGGCGAAGGAGGCGAUGAACCGAGGCAUGGAGGUCGACAUUACAGCAGCGAUGGCGAUAGAGAGGAUGUGUUACACUCGGGUCAUCCACACACGGGACAGAAAGGAGGGCAUGGCCGCCUUCCUGGAGAAGAGACCCCCGCGCUUCACCGGGGAAUGAACUCUCUCAUUAAACCUCGUGUCUGAUGGACCAUUAACACCCAUUGAUUUGUGUGUGUCGAUACACCGCUGGAGGUCGCUGGAGGUCGCUGGAGGUCGCUGGAGGUCGCUGACAUUCAGCAGCCGACUGACGGAGGCAGGUCUUCGGAGGCCCAUUUCUGCCUCGGAUAACAAACAAAAAGUUUGAAAAUAUUGAGCAACGUUCUCAAAAUAACAAAGUCUCAAACAUUUAGAAAGUUCCUCGUUAUUUUUUAGAUACCAAGUCGAAAAUAUUGAGUUUCAAAUUAUUUUCAGAGAUGCUAACUCAUUAUUUUGUGAUAGAUUAAUUUUCUUUCCUUCAUCCCAAGUUCUCAGAAUGCUGCUUCCAGAUUAAUUUACUCAUAAUUAUCGAUAAAAAAGGUCCCAACACUUUAACUCAGAUUUCAUACGUGUUCAUGUCAUCUUUUGUAAUAAAAAGACCAAACACACAAA